GUUAACAGACGCCUUCGAGCGAAGACUAGUGAAGGCCUUCAGCAACUCGGCAAAGACACAAGGGACAGCGGAGGCCGCGGAGGGAGGAGCAAGUCCGCCAGAUACGGCCACUGUCGCCAGCGCUUGUGCUCGCCCACAGUCUGCGUGCAGCCUCUACCGGGCCCACCGCACCGCAACAAACCGGCCACUGGAGCGGGCUCUUGGGUGUGCGCUACGGACAUCAAAUUUGUAGGACCAACUUCCGGUCCUCCGCAUCCGGCUUCCGCUCUCUGGGGUGUGCUGCUGCUGAUCUUCCGGCAGGCGGCCCGCCAGACCCCCGACCUUCUUCACGGUCGGAUUCGGGCUGGGUGUUCUUCCCGAAAUGAGUUUGGUGAUUAAAAAUCUGCAGCGGGUGGUCCCCAUCAGAAGAGUGCCACUUCGCAGGAAGAUGGAUUUAGUCAGGAGUAUCUUAGGAGUGAAGAAAUUUGACCUGGGGAUCAUCUGUGUUGACAACAAGACUAUUCAGAACAUUAAUAGGAUCUACAGGAAUAAAAAUGUCCCAACUGACGUGCUUUCUUUCUCAUUUCAUGAGAAUCUGAAAGCUGGCGAAUUUCCUCAGCCACACUCACCGGAUGAUUAUAAUCUGGGAGACAUUUUCCUAGGGGUGGAGUACAUUCUUCAGCAUUGCAGAGAAAGUGAGGAUUACUGUGAUGUCCUGACGGUCACAGCCACCCAUGGACUCUGUCACCUGCUGGGCUUCACCCACAGCUCCAAAGCCGAGUGGCAAAAGAUGUACAACCAGGAGAAGCUGGUGCUGGAGGAGCUGAGCCGCUACACGGGAGCUAGGCUCCAACCCCUGAGCAGGGGCCUCUACUGAUGCCACAGAGCUUUGAGACAGAGAACUUGUUGGACAGAGUCCCGUCCCUCUGCAAGACUCCAGGGAGCCUCUGCUUACCAGGGAGCCCCUGAGUGGACCACGUGGAGCCGGAAUAGAUGCAAAAAGCAAGAGGAAUUUUUGUUCCAGUGCACUGGGGUCUUCCCAGACCCGAAGGAGAGGCGGCGACCCCCAGCACCCAUUCAGGGAGUUUUUAUAUGGUUUCCAGGGGCAGAAGAGAGCAUCAGCAACUAGGCACAACGUGAUUGGCGGAGCAGUGCACCCUUUAAACUGAUUGGUCUUUAGGGAAUGAAGUGACAAGGACGUCCCUUGUCUGAAGGUGUCCUGCAGGAUGUGUCCCCACCCACAGGGCAGUUCUGCCCUAAGGUCUGAGAAAUGUUAAUUAGCCUCUUCCUUCUGGAGGGGCAAGUGUUUCAUGACCUUCCCAAACUUCCUAAGCUGGCCUUUUUACCUCCACAGUGGAUCUCUGCUGGUCCUGUUGCCCUGGAGGGCCUCAGCCCACACUACAGCUUCACUCUGUGAGUGGACCAAGUACCAAGGAAGUGCCUGUCAGCCCUUACUCUGAUUAGAAAUCUAUGCGGACUCUGUUGUAAGCAGAAUCAGGCGUUCUAAGAGAAGAAACAUGGACGCUCUUGUGCUUCUUUGGGUUUCUAGCUGUAGAGUCUGGGCAGAUUGCCUUGUCUCCCUGAAGUGGGAGGAACGUGCCAGAACACUGAAGCCUGUUCUCCUAGGAGGAGGCGCCUGCAGACCAGCAAGCCCAAAAGGACACCUUGUGCCCUCGCCUUUCUUAAGCUGUUGGCUGCAGACACCACGGGACAGCCCACAGACCUUGUCUCCUGGGGCCAGAGAGUCAGGAGUGUCCCCCAUCUGUGUUGCUGUUUGUAAUUGUUUUAGAUGACCUUUAUUUUAUUUGGAGCAGGGCAGUGGUGGCACACGCCUUUAGUCCCAGCACUUGGGAGGCAGAGGCAGGCGGAUUUCUGAGUUCGAGGCCAGCCUGGUCUACAAAGUGAGUUCCAGGACAGCCAGGGCUACACAGAGAAACCCUGUCUCGAAAAACCAAAAAAAAAAAGGAUUUUAUUUGGUGUGUGUCAUGUGUGGGUACACAUUUCCCACUGCGGGGGGUGGGGUGGUCAGCUGGGGGGAGAUGUCUCUCUCGUUUAUUAUUUUGUCCCCAGAGAUGGAACUCUGGUUGUCAGCCUUGCCAUCCCACUGACAUCCUGCAGGCCACCGUAGUCCUGCCACUGGGGCUCCCCUAUUGGCUGUUAGAGGCAUGGUAGUUCUGCUCAAGGCCUGGAACAUGGAAUUCUGGUGACCUGAAGUCUAGUUCAAAGCAACAUGCAAAUGUCUGUGCAAAUCUGGAUCACGAGAGUCUUCCCAGCAGGUAGCCAGGGACCUUGAACCUAGAUAGGGUUUCCUGACCCCUCUGCUGGGUGUACCCGCAUAUACACCUAUGCCAGCCUGUUCCCUUCUUCUCGGCCAUCUAACUGGUUCCUCGCCUUUGAGCAUCCUUAAGGAAUGACUGCUUCUGUGCCCUUCAUUUUUCUAUUUCCCUUUUUCUCUGCUUGGUAUUUCUGGUUUAAUUUGGUGGGGUUUUUGGUUUUUUUGGUUUUUUGGGGGGUUUUUUUGUUUUUUUUUUUUGUUUUUGUUUUUGGUUUGGUUUGACCUUGCAGCUCUGGGCAUGGAAUCCAGGAUCUUGUCAGGCUUGGCAAGGCUCUGCCACAUUCCCAGCCUGUUGCUCAGCUGCCCUAAAUCUGUGGGUUGGUCAGCAGCUGUCUCUGAGUCCAGCCACAUUGUUAUGAUGACUCCAAGCCUGAGGGGGCACUAUCUGCCCUGUUCCAGGAGGCACAGCAUCCUCACUUGGGGCUUCCUCACUUUGUGUUUAUUCCAGAUUUCAUUUCGUCCCUCACUUCCCUGAAGGGCCUGUGAUGUUUUUUAAUUUUUAAAAAAGAUUUACUUGGGUAUGGGGGACUUUUGGUAUAGCAUUGGAAAUGUAAAUGAGCUAAAUACCUAAUAAAAAAAAGAUUUACUUAUUUUAUGUAUAUGAGUACACUGUAGAUGGUUGUGAGCCAUCGUGUGAUUGCUGGGAAUUGAACUUAGGAUUUCUGCUCGUUCCGGCCCUGCUCGCUCCAGCCCAAAGAUUUAUUAAUUAUAUGUAAGUACACUGUAGCUGUCUUCAGAUAAACCAGAAGAGGGCGUCAGAUCUCAUUACAGAUGGUUGUGAGCCACUGCGUGGUUUCUGGGAUUUGAACUCGACCUUCAGAAGAGCAGUCAGUGCUCUUAACCGCUGAGCCAUCUCUCCAGCUGGGGCCUGUGAUCUUGAUGAGAGUUUCAUGGACUCUGUGGAUUGGCCGCUCACACACUUGAGCCAUCUUUAAAAUCUCUGGGGCGUACUGUGCAUCUUCUCAGAGUAAAGUUGUGCACAGUGGUGCAGUCCCUGUCACCACUGUUAAGGGGCAUGGCCAGGAGAAGCUUUUCCCUGAGUCACUGGGGACCCCCUAAGCCCACUACAGGGCCUGCUCAGACUCUUUAGUCUCCCACAGGUGGUCCUCAGACAGCAGGCUUGAAAGGGACGGGGAAGACUGUGUGUGAGGGUGGGUCCAUGUACACUCCCAUAGCUUCCAGAGGCUGAUGGUGCUCCCAGAGCCAGGAUGCUCCCAGGCUACUUCCUCCUUGUUAGCCCAGCAUUGCCAGGCCAUCUGAGACAAAACAUCUGCCAAAUAUCUUCCUUCUAUCAGAUCAAUAAUCAUAUGAGAGGAAAAUCGUGUUAGAAACAUCAUCUAGGAAGGAAAUUAUGUGAGCUCUUUAACUGGUGCUUUUAACAAAACCAAGUUUCUCUGGAACCACACCCCAAGGCGCACUGAAAGACAGGUCUGUCUUUAUGGAUUCUUCUCUACCUGAUGGGCUGGGGUGGAGAUGGAGGAGAGAGAGCAACCAUCCAACCCUCCCGGAGUGAACAGUGCUUUGUAAACAGCGUGUGUAAAUACCCAUACUUACACAGCCUGCAGUGCCCACGUGCAUGCAUGUGGACCUCACAUGUACCUGGGCCUUGUUAUGAUUAUAAAAUGUUAUAAGUAUGAGUAUCUUGCCUGUGUGUAUUUAUGUGUGCACUCCUGAUGCCCUUGGAGGUCAGAAGAGGACAUUGACUAUCCUGGAACUGGAGUCACAGAGAGUUGUGGAUUGCCAUGUGGUGCUAUUGAAAGAAAAUAAAACUUGAGUCCUGUGAUUCAUGUAAUAGCCCAAAGAGUUGUUUGUGAGCUUUGAAGCCUGGGACUGAGAACAUAGCAGAACAGGCCAGGACAUGCCUGGGCAGGCCCAUCAUUAAGACAUUCCUGAGGCUGCUUGGCCAUAAAGAUAAAGAGAAUGCAAAGACAUGUCCAGACUGGCCUGGCGCCUCCCUAUCUCCCACCCUUCUGACAUGGGUUAAAUGUUAACCAGAUGCUCUGCUGUUACCUCCAUCUGCACAUACACUCUGCUGAUGUUUAAAUGAACCAAUCGUGUGAAACCGCGCCAAUUCCUCCCCCAGCCCCAGACCCUUUUCUAUAAAAACCCCUAGCUUUCAAGCCUAGUGGUCGACAACCGCAAUCUCCUGUGUGAGAUACAUGUCGGCCCGGAGCUCCGUCAUUAAACUACCUCAUGUGUUUGCAUCAA